AUGCCAGCUGAUCGCAAAGGAAGAAGGAAACCGACAGCAUACGAGGUGUCCUUUCCGGACGAAAUACUCACCAUAGAUAGCAACAGUACUACUGAAGUUCCUGACCAUGGGAAGCCUUAUCUUCCACCGUCCGGUACAUUAGUACCGGAACAUAAGUACUUCCCUGUCAAGCGGAAAAGCGGUGGACAGAAAGACACCGUGUACUUACUACAGGACUUUGCUUUUUUCGACUGGUGGCAAGACAUGGUUCUUCUUCCAGAACUAGACGGUCAUUUUGAACUCGGGUCUCGCGAUAUCAACGGGGCUGGUAUGAUUUGUGUCGAAGGACACGAGCCUGACUUUAUUUGUAUUGAACCCAUACAGAGUUACGACAUCAACCUUGCUGACCCUGAUGGUUCCAUGUAUAUUGAAACCGAGCGAGCUCGAUAUUGUCUGGGAGUUCCAUCGGCGCAAUACAGGAGUCAAUUCAGAAAGAUAUUCCUACCGUACCGCAUAAUCCAGACGAUCAUGUCCUCCGCUAAAGACCAGCCAGGACAGGAAUACAAGGAUUUCUUGACUAAAUUUUUGAAGAUGGAGAUUGUCGGGGAUACCCCCGAAGAGGGAGACAUUUGGGAUUGCGUUCCACGAUUAAGACAUGCAAUAGAAAACCUAGAGGGAAACCUGCGUGUCACAACUCUCGUUGAAUUCCUUCUGUACUCCCCUCGGCCUCAGAUGAUGCUGAGAAUCAUAAAGCCAUCUGGUCUUGGAAAUAUGCGCAGAAAGGCCAAAGCCAAAAAAAAGCCAGAGGUGAUAGAUUUGACGGUGUCUGAUUGA